AUGCUGGUAAUUUGUGACAUUGCUUUCGCCUACUGCUACCUUUCCUUCUCAUCUUUUUUUCUGUUGUGGCUGGCAGCCCAGGUUUCCUUUCCUUUAAAGGUAGGUGGGGUACCUGGUUUGGGCCUGCUACUUUACUUCUCGUUCUUUCUCUGUUUGUCUGCUUUCUUGAAAGUUCUGUUGCUAGACUGCUGCGCUCACUGUUGUCCAUUCUCUGAGGAUUUUGCUCAUUACAAUCUUUUUAAAAUAUCAACUCUUUCCCUUGAGGUUUUUUUUUGGGUUACCUGGUCAUAUCAAGCUAUGCCGCAUUCAGGACCUGCAUCCGGAGUUGGGAUUGCCAAUGAAUCGUUAGAAGCUUACCAGGAAAUUAAAUUGGGGCACAAAUACAGAUAUAUCAUUUUCAGGUUGUCACCUGACCUGAGAGAAGUGAUUGUUGAGAAGAAAGGCAAUCUAAACGACUCCUAUAAUGACUUUGUCACAACCCUCUUGAGUACAGUGGAAAGCAAAGAGUGCCGCUAUGCAGUAUAUGACUUUGAAUAUACACACAACCAAAUGUCUCGGCAAAAGUUGGUUUUUGUUUUAUGGACUCCAUCAGAAGCAUUGUUGAAACAGAAAAUGGCAUACACAAGCACCAAAAAUGCAUUUAGGCAAAAUCUAAUGGGUAUAUCUGUUGACUUACAGGCAACAGAUGCUUCAGAAUUGUCACAGCAAGAAUUGUUAGAAAAAUGCUGUGAAAGAUCGCAAUGA